CGCAUUCAAUUAGGUCCUGAUUAAUGAAACGUUGCAAAUUUUUUGGAUGAGCCCUAAAUCAGGAAAUCAUGUUCUAAUACUGAUUUUACAGUUUGCUAAAAUUUGGGUCGCAAAGAAUGGAUUCUGCCUUUCUGAAAAAAAAGAAAAUGGAUUGGGAUUUUUUAUUUUGGAAUUUUUGAGUUGUGGGUUUCAUGAGCUUCCUGGCUUUUUAAAGAAAAAUCUUCUGGAUCAACCUUAAAUCAGGAAAUCGGUGUUUCUUUUGUAAAAAUAUCAUUUUUUUGAGAUAUAAAACCCCAGACCUUAUUUUUGAUAUGUGCACACUGAAAAGUGGUUGUGCUGAUUGGGUUGUGGAUUUUGGAUUUCGGGUUGUGAAAUACAUGGGCCUCUUGGAUGAGCAGCGUCAAAUCAAGACAUGAUCGAUUUCUUAAAGAAAACACUUCUUUUUUUUUUUUAUCCUUUUUUUUUUUUUGAGCUAUAAAACUCUAUAUCUGAUUUUUGCAGUGUGUACUUAAGACGUGUUUGAUAAUAAGAAGUACCUUCUAUUUGAUAAAUUUCGUUUAAUAAGAACUUCUAUUUAAUAAGAAGUACCUUCUAUUUGAUAAACGUGAAAGAUUGCGACGUCGGAACUUAAAAUUGAAACUUCGUUUUAGAACUUCACCCCCGAACCCUAGUUAUUAUUCUUCUCUUCUCCCAUCUUCAACCUCUGAGCACCCCUCUCUUCGCAGUACGACCCCUCUCUUCUGUUAUUCGCGUUCAUCCGCUGAGCCAGCCCUCUCUUUGCAGCACGCCACUAUUUCAGGCAGACUCUUAUCGUCGCACGCAGCCCUCGCUAGGGUUUACUCAGCUGCUCUUAAACUCUGAUCCUUGCUAUUAUUGAUCUUGAGGAUGGACCCACAUACAUCGUCAAGUACGGCUAAUGAUAAUAUAGAUGGCAAGAGAAAUUUGCAAUGGACACAAUCAGAAGAGGACUGUUUUAUCUAUCUUAUGGAGAAGGAGACCAAGACUGCGAGGAACGGGGGGGGCUUUAAAAAAGGUGCAUGGGGACGGAUGGUAGAAGCCAUGAGGGCCAAGUAUGGGCCAAUUAACACCGAAACCAGGCUAAAGAGCAAGCAUAAGUUCUUUAGAACCAUGUAUCGUGACAUAAAAAAGCUUAUGGCUGUAUCUGGUUUCAGAUGGGAUGGUACAAGGAGGAUUGUAAUCGCCGAGGUUGCUGUUUGGAAUGAUUUCAUAGCGAUGGCUAUCAAUUUCAAAUGCGAGGAGUUUGAGACGAAAUUGAAAUCAAACCUUGUUCAGCUACAAAUUGAGUCUGAUAUCUUUGAUAGACUCUUGUACAAGAAUAGAAAUCAACAUAGACGGUGCCAAUACUUUCAAUGGCUUAUGAGGGUGAGAAGAGAUCUGAAGCUAUUUAAAUCAGCUGGCUUAGAAGAUAUUAUAAAUUCCUUUUUUCAAGCUGUCAACGGAAAGAAACCUACUCUGAAAGUCCAUCUUCUUGAGAGAUUAAAGAAAAAAAGGAAUGGAAGUGGAAGAAGGGAGAAUAUACAGGAACGGUUACUAGGAGUUGGUCGGUUACUAGCACAGAUGGUUGAGCCCAUAAUAAAGGCUGGAAUUCAGAUAUCAUCUUUGCUAGCUCAAUCUUUCUUCAUGGCGUUGGCUUUAACGAUUCUGGCCGUGCUUGCGCGCCUUCGUGUUUUGCUCCAACAGAUACUUCUUGAUGUUGUGUCUAUUUUCAAUAUGCUGUCAUCACUCUCUUGUAAAGAGCAAUGUACGAAAAUUUAUCAGAAAGGUACUGAGGUUUUGGUAGAUUAUUACCUCCCUAAUGAGGAGUUCCUUACAUUAGAAUGUGUCUGGGAGGGAGACAAAUUCCGCUUGCGUGAGAUAGCCAAGGAAGGCAAGAAAAUGAACCCGGAUCAAGAUCCCAUCCGCGGAAGAGAAAAUUCUCAAAGAACUCAAAUCAUGAAGUAUCGGACAAUAGGAGCUUUAGACAAUGGCUCUGACCAAGAGGAUGAAGUUUGUGAUGAAAUAAUUAUACAUGGGGAUCUCUUCAUUGAAGAAACCAAUCCGUCCUCCAUUGAAAAUGGCAACAUCGUAGGUUUACCCUCGUCCACAGAAUCCCAAAGAGCGGAAUCGAAGGUAGAGAGAGAAACCAAAAUGGCUUUCAUAUCAGUAAGGAAAGCUAACCCAUCAGAAGCAAAAGAAAACAGCCCUCGAAAGAGAGCCAGAACAGAGGUCUGAGAUAUUGGUGUUGAUGGGCUCAAAUGCAGGUAGUGAUGAACCAAGAGGAUCCGUUAUAUGAUGUUGGGUUAGCUUGAAUAUUGAUACCCACUAAAUUUUAUAAGAGAGAGAUACACAUUUGUUCCAUUUUGGGUGGAUGAGCUGAAUAUUGAUUUCCAAAAACUGGUUCAUUUCAGCUUGAUAAGUAGAGGUACUUCCAUUUUGGAGGUACUACCAUCUAGUGUAAUAUGGUGUUUCUUCACCAAUAUAUUCAAAUUUUUGUAGAAGCACCUUUACAUUUUUUUUAGUAGUUCCUCUAAAUACUUUCAUUUCA